UUUAAUUAUUUUAUUUUGUCUUUUUUAUUUUUUUUUUCCCUCCGUGGAGCUGGGCGAUCACGGAUCUGGCGAUUGCUGCCCUCGCCUUGCCCUGUCAUUGAUGGGAAAUCAACUGGAUCGCAUCACCCACCUGAAUUACAGCGAGCUGCCGACCGGGGACCCCUCGGGGAUUGAGAAGGACGAGCUGCGAGUCGGGGUCGCUUACUUCUUCUCGGAUGAGGAGGAGGACCUGGACGAGCGAGGCCAGCCAGACAAGUACGGCGUGAAGGGCUCGGGCAGCCCUGGCCAGGAGACGCCCACCCACCACCUCCACCACCAGCUGGUGCUGAACGAGACCCAGUUCUCCGCUUUCCACGGCCAGGAAUGCAUCUUCUCCAAGGUCAGCAGCGGCCCCCAGGCUGGAGACCUCAGCGUCUACUCCGUGUCAGCGCUGCCUGCUCUCUGCAAGCCGGGAGACCUGCUGGAGCUGCUCUACCUGGGGCCGUCGGAGCCCCCGCCACCACACUGGGCCGUCUACGUGGGCGGUGGGCAAAUCAUCCACCUGCACCAGGGGCAGAUCCGCCAGGACAGCUUGUACGAGGCGCCCGCGGGCAACGUGGGCCGCGUGGUGAAUAGCUGGUACCGCUUCCGCCCGCUGGUGGCCGAGCUGGUGGUGCAAAACGCCUGCGGGCACCUGGGCUUAAAAAGCGACGAGAUCUGCUGGACUAACUCGGAGAGCUUCGCCGCCUGGUGCCGCUUCGGGAAACGGGAAUUCAAAGCCGGGGGGGAGCUGCAGGCGGCUGCUGGCACCCAGCCCCAGCAGCAGUACUAUCUCAAGAUCCACUUGGCCGAGAACAAGGUGCACACGGUGAGGUUCCACAGCCUGGAGGACCUAAUACGGGAGAAGCGCAGGAUCGAUGCCAGUGGCAAACUGAGGGUGAUCCAAGACUUGGCCAUAGUGGACGGGAAAGAGUAGCGGGCAGCGGGGCUCCGUGGCUACGUUUCCUCCUCCCCCGCGCGGGGAGGCCAGCCUGCCACAGGGACAGGAGGCUGCACCCUCUUUCCGUGGGACGCGACUGGAAGCAGGAUCCAUGGCAACAUUCCAAAAACCAGCAUUCCUUACACCCAUAGCCAGUAUUUUGUUUGGCUUUUAGUAGCAUUAAUGCUGAGAGGGAAGAGCGGAAGAAAAGAGGGGGGAGGUGCACGAGAGCGUUCUCUGAGUGUGUGGACAAAGUCUCUCCUGUCGAUYGAUGUUGACCAUUCUAGCAACAUGCUGAAUAAAAUUUCAAAUUGAAAUUUUUUUUUAUUUUUAUCUCAUGGCUUUAAUCCAUGAUAAGUUUUUGAACAUGAGGAGCCAUGGAUGUGGAUUUAGCUAAAUGAGGUUUUUAGCUAACCCUGGCCUCGUAGUUAACAGAAAGCAUCAGUUGUACUUUGCUAUCUGGGGGAGGGUGGGGGUGAAGGGGAGUGAGGGGGGCAGCAAAUGCCUGUUUGUUUUGUUUCUCAACACUGUUUCUUCAGCCUGUAGCUGCAACCCACAUUUUGUUCCAGCCAACUCUAGUAAGAUAUUAAUAGGGGAAAAGGCUCUUGCAUUUCUAGUUGAAACUGCUUAUAUUUUAAAUACAUCUUUUUUUUGUUUUGUUCUUCCUGUUUGCAGCCUUCUGCUAAAUACAAGGAUAAUGCAUAAGCUCUUUCCACCCACCACCCCUCUUUAAUUAAAGAAAGUUGGCAAGCAGCUGUCUUGACACUAAACUUAUUUGUUACAAGAAGUGGUGUAUUCUGGAGAACAAUAUGCUCAGCGUUGCUCAGCCUCUAGUAUCUCCAGCUUGAGCUAUGGCUUUGUAAUGUUCCUCAUUGCACCACUGCUUCCACAAGUCUUCACGGCUCAACAGAGCUCUCCAAGAGAGAGAAGAAAAAAAAAAAAAGGGGGGGGAGGGGUUAAUUUUGCAUGUUGCCUCUCUCAGACAGCAGUUUGUUGUGUAUUUAUGAUUCCAGUUAAACAAGAAAAUAGAUGUAAUGUGACAAAGUUCAGCUUGCAUUUCAAACUCCAGACAACUUAAAAACCACGUUCAGCCUAAGUUUAAGAAUCCAAAGCUGCAUAAAAAGAUGCCUUUCAAUGUGACGUGAACAAUGCCUGUCUGUCUUGCAGAUCCUAUUCACUCAUUGUUUAAUUCUCAAAUUUGAAGUGAAAGAUCAGAAUAUGAAAUACCUUAAAUCUUUAUUAAAAAUAGGUAUAGUGGGAUAUUUUUAAAUCUGUCUCUUGUUAGUCUGAGCUGCAUACAACUUGUAAUAAGCAAUUUGCCUCUGCAUGUUUCAGUGUUGGAAAGAGAAUUCUUUUU